GACGUCCUGGCGAACUUUCGAUGCUAAAAGAUUUCUUUGCCGUGCCCUACAUCAACAGGCUCGGUGUCGGCAUCUCCUAUGUCUUGGAGGUCGCUUUGGCAACAGAACUCCACCCCGAGAGCCUAGUACACUACUUUCCGGACUACAUAGAGGUCAUCGAUUGCAUUGAAGCAUCGCGUAUCAAUGGGUCUCUUUCUUGCCAGUACAUGGAUUGGAUCAAUCCCUGUUUAGGUACUCAAGAGAUUGAGGAUAUCUGCGAGAAGUGGAAGGUGGCCGUGAGGACAGAGACAUGCAAGACGUACCGCAGAAGGAUGAGUUCGUUCAUCGACAUUCGACAAGAGUUUUAUGAUGGCAUACACCAGCGCAGUGUUGUCUCUCUGGUUCUCUUGAAAGGCGGAUAUCCUGCAUCCAUCAAGGACGUGUCUGCGAACGAACUACAGGUUAUGGGUUGGUUUGAAGAUGGAAAAGGAGGAUACUGGCGGUAUGAGUAUGAAGCUGCGAAGGAUGAGGCUUCCUUUUGGAGAAGUGCAAAGACCGGCGGGAUGGCCUUCUUUCGUGUUGCUAUGGACGGGGAAGUUUUGGGUAUGGAUUUGCCAAAUGGCAAGUGGAUCGGUUGGAAUGACCUUGAAGAUACGCAAGACGGGGGACUCCGAGAUCAUGGGCAGGCAGGCCGCAGCUAAGGCGGGCCAUAUUGUAUUCAAGAGAGACUGUAAUUACCUCAUUAUACC